CGACACGAGCAGAAGUACGCUAACAUUAGUUUCCUAAACAAUGUCGUAAGGGGAAUGUACUGUAGCGAUCUUCUCGGCGGAAACGGAAGUUAUUGUUUCUGUACCACAACAAUAUGGCUACUGAUUUUCACAAGCCCGCUCUUCUUCGAAAAAAUGAGCCCAGCGCUGAAAACAUCCGGUGCCAGAAGUGCCUGGAGAAGGGUCACUGGACGUACCAGUGCUCUGGCAAACGAAAAUACGUGCAUCGGCCCUCACGAACCACGGAGAUGAUAAAGCGGUUCAAAGAGGAUGAAGAAAAGGCCAAACUGGAGCUGGUAGCAAAGACAAGUACUAUACUGGAAAAAAAGAAAAAGAAGUCAGAUGGAGAAGAUUCAUCUUCAGAUUCUGACAGCAAUUCAAGUUCAUCGGAUUCUGAUUCUGACAGCAGCAGUUCAUCCUCAUCCUCAAGCUCAUCAUCUUCAUCCAGUGCGGGAGAGUCUGACAGUGAAUCAGAUUCCACAGAUAGCUCCACUUCCUCAUCCUCAUCCUCUUCCUCAUCCUCCGAGUCAGAGGAUGAAGAGAAAUCAAAGUCAAAGCGCAAAAACGACGCAGCCAGAAGAGAAAUGACUGAAGAGCAUUGUUGUUAUGACUGAGUGCUGACAGUGAGAAAGUUGCAUGAGGUCUAAACUGAAGAAAACAAAUAUAUUGAAAUGAAUGAAAUCAGAAAUGGAUGCAUGCUGUUUGCCAGGAACUGGAUUGACCUGAAAAUAUGUGAUGAAUGUUGCACAGUGGAGUGGAGGAUGUAAGUAGGACAACAAUGUUGAAGAUAUUGAGUGGUUUAUUUUAAAGGAAAUAUAUAUUGCAAUUCUAAACAAACAUUUAAACAAAUGAUAUAUUUCUUUUAUUAUAUUCUACGCAAAUUUUAACAGCAUGCAAGUCUCAGUGUUGCCUUUAAAUGUUUUCAUCUGCAAUGUUGCACAGCUGUUGAUUUUUAGAUUAAAUAACCAAGUAAAAAAAAUGAUUUAAUUCCACACUUGUUAGCUACUAACGUUAUUUUGACAAUUUAUCUAAUAAUUUUUAAGUACUAUUAUUCAUAGUAUCUGACAAGAUUGUAUAAUGUGAUUUCCAUCUCAGCACAUCCUAGUGUCUCGGAAUUUUUACUGACAUUUUGGUGGGUGGAAAUUGUUAUGUACCAACUGCCAUCCAUCGUUUUUAUGAUGUAUAUAUAAUGUAUGGCGCCAGUGGAGGCUUAAAUGUGACCUACAAACUUUUGGGGUUUUCAGUUGAAUACCUUUUUAACCUUAAACAUAUUUCUAAAUAUACUAAUUAUAGUGCCAUAUGAAAAUUUACUGAUCAUAGUCAUGUAUAAAAAAAAAAUUGGAGAGAAAAAUUAGGAAUUUUAUUGCCAAUUUUCCUAGAUGUUAUGGGUUGCAGAUAUUAUUGGGUGGUAAGUUGGUUUCUAGGAAAAUGACUAGCACAGAGUAAGGAAUAGGAAUUGUUAGCAGACUACUAGCAACAGCGACAAAAAAAAAUGUUCUCCACAGGGAGAUUGCUUUAUUCAUUCCACUUUUGAAAAAGCUGACCAUAUUUUUAUGAUUCAGUACUUUUUAAUGGGCUCUGAGGAGGAUACAUAGGACGGUUACUUCCAGUUUAGAAAACAGGUCAACAGUUCUUCCGACAUGGUUGUUCCUGAGUGCUGCAUCCAAUGACUGCCACAGCAACAGCUUUCCAUGUCUGGUUUUCAAGUGUGCCUGCUCAUGUUGGUGCCUCUGCCAGGUGUAUCUGCAUCUGGGUGUUUAUAAUAAAUGGCCACGUUUGUGGCUUAUGAAAUAUAUGUUUCCCAGAAAAAAAUACUGUAUUGUUUUGUUUUUAGCUUUGUCUUUUUCAUCAUUGCUUCUCAUGUCUUCUGGCAUCUUCACAGUUCAUAACAGGAUAGGGAUUUAGAGGGAGUCUCAAUGUUUACACCUUUCUCCAUCCUCAAUGUGAAUUCAAAAUAGCACUUUUUAUUUAUUUAUACACAUUAAUGUGCUUAAAUAGGCAGAUGUUUUGCUUUUUUAGCAUAUCUUCACCUAGUUCAGAACAUUAUUUGCAGGAACAAGUGGUGCAAGUAAACAGAUCAAAAUAUAGUGUGAAACCUGACCCCUUAAUGUUAAAAAAAAAUUUUGAAUAUAGCUUGUUCUGGAUUUUACUUGUGAUGUUUAGAUGCGUUUCACUGAUGGGGAAACUGUAUAGAUAUUUUCUUUUUUUUUAGAAGAAUGGUUCUUUUUUGUUGUACAAAAAAUUCAUAGCUUUUUUUUGUUCUUGCUGACUUGUAGAGUUUUGUGUGCUAUUUUGACUAUUGAUGUGUUAUAUUUUCAUCAUAUUGUUAAAGACCUGUUUAGCUGAUAAUUUGAAUAAAAUGUCAAAACUCCAUUAACAAAAUUCCUAAACUCACAAAUUUUGAGUAUGUAAAUAACUAGAAACUGCAUUGUGGAUUAUGCUGAAGUUACUAAAAUCAAGAUAAUGGUCAAUCUUGAGUGUGGUGGACUAUUGAGCCAAAUGUGUAAACAUGCUUGCUAACAAGCGGUGACAAAAAAGCUAAUAAAAUGUGGGUUAGGAACAGAGGAAAAAACAGAAUGCCUUAUUAUAUAUGAAUAAUUAUUUGUAUCAACAUUUUACAUAAACAUUGUUUUGGAUAAUAAUAUUCUAAGACACUUGUGAAUGCUUUCAAUAAUUAAAAAUAUUUUCUGUCGAAAUAAAGAAUAAAAGAAUGAAAAAA